AUGCUCGUUGGAAGUUUCCAUUCCGUCAGGUAUUGGUCUGAAAGACAUGGACAGCUAUUGCAAGGUGACGUUGUGGUGGUGCUGUUCUUGAGCACGUCCAUUCUCUUCUUCGUCGCGCACCAUCUGCUUCCAGUUGAGGAGCCUCUGCUGCAAAGCGAUGAGAAACUGGAAAAUCUGGAGCGCCUGAAGAAGACACCGGGCAAAGCGAGGACAUUGAAGGAAGCAUUGUUCCUGGUGGACAAUGACCCCUGCAGGCCUUCGGUGUUCGCGGCCAUGGAGGACAAGAGUCGCACCUUGCUGGUGCACAGGAAGCGCCUCACGCGAUCCCGGGCCUGUGUGUUUGUCAAUGCUGUGUUGUUCUUGCCGUUGCUCAUCGACAUGCUUAUGGCAGCUUCAGAUUGGGAGGAUUGGCUUUUUCACGGGAACCUCGCCUACCAAGUGAUCUUUGCCAUCGCAGCCGGUCACUAUGCCAAUAUGUUGUGGGAGGACUUGGACUCCUGCGGCAACUUUAUCACAGGUUAUUGUCGGCUACCUCUACGGUCAAAUUGCGAAAAAUCGGCAACACUUCUGGUGCUCUGGAUUCGCAAUGCGACCUGUCUCAGUAUUUUCCUGAUGGGGGCCAUGCUUGAGCUUCCCGGUCUUGGGCUGGCAACGUUACUUUGGGAGGCACCGCUCUAUCUGACCCUCUACCGGGAAGCGUGGACAUGUGCCAACGAGCUCUCCUAUUGGCUGCUGGAUGAGAGGCCGCUCUGGCAGUUCUGGAGGCCAAUGUUGCUCUUGCUGCUGGCGGUUCGCGUGCCAUUAACUGUCUUGCUC